AUGAGCGAAGUGGGCAACGAUCGCGAGGUGACUCUUCUGUCGCCUGCGGAGAUGGUAGAGAAGAUCCUAGACGUCGUCGGUCAAAUGAGGAGCCAGCAAAAUGCCUGGAAUGAGGAAGUGCAUCGUUUUUUCCUCACCGAGGCGAUCCAAAAAGCGCAGAGCGAUCGCCUGACAAAAGAAGUGCAGGACGCGGAGGCCACCGCGCUGGGCGAUGGAUCCUUUGUUGAUUGGGUCGCCCGCCGCACCGAGAACGAUCUCGGGGAGGAAAUGAUUAAAAGUUGGUACCACAUCGACGGCUUAGUGGAAAAAACGCCAUUCAUGGCCAUUGUGCCGUGCCCACGGUGGCUGUCGACGGAGGGGCGAAUGGAGUUGGUGGGUGCCGUUGACGCGCUGGGGCUUGAACGCUUCGUCAUUCAGACCAUCCCGUUGCACCUUCCACUUUCAAUGAUCGCGCCUACGUUUGUGCCCUCCGCCUUCCACCUUCCGCCCGCAAAAGCGGCCUCGAAAUCGAGUCUUGGCAGCCUGCCGUAUGUUGGUGUGCCAUGCGUGUACGGGGGGGAUGUCUUGAAACUGCUUUCAGAGAGCCCACUGCUUGCGGCGGCAAUCGAUCGCACGCCGUGUCUUUUCCUUAACGAUCAUAUUCCCCGUGCCGCGCUGUGUAUUCACUCCGUCACAGUAGGCGGUGUAUGCGUGGCGGCAGAGGUGGCCUGCGAUGGACGCUUUGCCGCCAAAUUGGGCCUUGAUUGCACCGAAUCCGAGCGAGAAGGGAGAGGGCAGGAUAUUGAUGUCUUGCCACUGGCACUGAAAACCUUUCUGGAAGAGCAAGUUGCCUCAAGCCUUGAGAACCGUUCGUUUCGUGCGUUACUUUUGGCUGAAGCCGUUGUUGGAAGGGAGAGGGAGCUUUGGUCAGAUCAGCAUCCCUUGUUGAGCACCGAUUUACGUUUUUCACUGCUGAAUAUGGACACGCUCGAUGGGUGUGAGUUUGAGUGCUUCAGCCAGCAGGAUAUACUUGACAUUGUUCGGCGCAUGCGAGAGUGUCAUGCGGGGAGUGAGGCUUUUAACCCUGUUUUACGCUUUCUUGAGCCCCCCGCCGCAAAGCAGCCGGGUGUGUAG